GUGUGUGUGUACGUGUGCAUGUGUUGAUGUCCCUUCUUUUUUUUUCGUCGGUGUGUUGACGCGCGCGAGCGUGUGACGUGAGGUGCGCGAGGAUACAAAAGCGCAAGAGGGAGAUGCAACGUGACGGCUCCGUCGCGCGACCGCGUCCGCAUCGCAACGUGUCCGUCACCUUUACCCCGUCGACGAUAAACGCGUUAUCGAGAUAUAUCGGCGGAUAUCAGUUACGGAUACGCGCGUCGGAGUUAUCCGCGUUCUAACGGAACGUACGUGCGUGCGUGCUUGACGCGCGAAAGCGAGCGUCAGGUGCUCGGCGCGAUAAGCGUCGCGCGGCCCGACGACACGAGGCUGACUCGGCGCGUCUUUACGAGCGGAAAGAUUAGCAAACUUGCGCCAUGACUCGGCUCGAUUCGAGCGCGCAAUUGGAGAAUCCGCGUGUACGUGCGCAACUCGUUUCCGAUAUUCGCGUUGUUUUCCUUAUUUUCUCGUCGGCUGCGAAGAUUUCACGCGACAAGAAUAUUACCUCGGUGAAUCAGCCGCGGUUUAAAAUUUCGCCCAUCGGUGUUACGUUACGAUCGCGAUUCAUACGCACCAAAAUGGAAUAAUUCGCGGCACUCGCUCGAGAGAAAGAACCCGUGCCCACCUGAAUGAGGCAACGUCCUUCAAUCCCGUUCAAAUCCUCCAAUCACGACGAGGCAAGGUCGACUGUGUUGACUUGGAAAUGAAAGAACGAUUCCGAUUCAAUUCACAAUUUCUCACGUUUGCACGACGUGACAAUGGUACACGCGUGACAUUUGAGUGACUCGGUGACGAACAAUAGCCCGGGUUGAUUUUAUUCGACACGAAACGCGCACUACGCGCGUUCCCGUGAGAAUUAUCGGAGCGCGAGCGGUCAAUAGCGAAAAUUCAAACGAAUUCCAUUGGCUCGACGACAAAGUGCGAAACGGAGCGCCGUUUUGGCGGCGAACGAACGAAUCGAGAGAGCGCGCGCAGGGUACGAGCGACGCGCACUUGUUUUACGUAAUGAAAGCGCAUUCGUCCGUCGGCAAAGCGAGCACACUCGCUGCUCGCCGCCGCUCGCAUGCUCGCGCGCGCGUGCGCUGCGUGUAAUCUAUCCGUCGUCGGGCCUCGCAUCGCUCCGCACUCGGUCGGCGGAGUGUCGGAGAGCGAGGAGGUGGAGGGGAGGUCUUCGAUCAUCGGCAUUACUGGCCUCCCUCGUGCGUCCUCGUGUCCCGUCGGAUUGGCGCGGCGGCGAUCGGCUGGUUCCGUGCGUCGCCGCCAGUCUCGCUCGAGCUCGCGCGCGCUACGGAUCCUCCUCGUGCUCCGAUCGAUCUCUUCCGUGACUCCGCGUAAUCGGCAGUAGUUGCGCGAAACAGAGGAGAUCCACGCCUAUCCGACCGCCAAGUUCCGUUUCUGUGCUUUCCAGCGUGAAGGGUUUCAUUGUUGUCGUGUGAUCGCCGCCAGGGAUUGCCUGCCUGAUUGCCGUUCCUUCUCUUCGUACGCGGCCCGUCGACGUCCGACGGCACGUCGUCACCAACCCGUACCUCCUUGUACCUCGUACUUGGUCGGCAGUGUGCGCUUCUUGGAUACGCGCGGUCACGCAUCCACGCAUGGACAAGCGACGCGGCACUGCCCAAUGAUGGCCGUGUCGGGCAUUACCGUUGACGUAGUGAUGUAUUAUUAGUGGUGCGCGUCGCGGGAAAGUGCUGUGUGCCGUCGUCCCGCUCUCUGUCUCUCUCUCUCUCUCUGUCUAUCUCUCUCGUCCGCUGCUCACUUCAGUCCGGUAUCUCGGCUCCGAUAAUAGCGCGGAGUGUGCCCUCUCGUCGCCGUCGGGAAUCAGUGAUCGCGGGAAGGCACGAUACGUAAACGUCGUUUACACGUAUUUCGUCCGUCCCGCCCGUCGCUGCGCGACGAGUUUUGCGACGAGUAGUGAGUUUCAUAUCAAGUGUGUACGAGAGUUUCACUCGCUCUGUGUGGAUUAUCAUAUUGGAUAUAACUGCACCUCGCCCCCUCGUGUCGCAGUCCACGUUCCCGUCGCAGGUCACGGCCCACGAUCCAGAUACCGCCCUUGCCAAGUCUCCACCCCCUAAGGAGUCCCGCGAGAGUAAGGGGACGCGGAAACGGAGCGGGCUUCCCUCUGGCAAUUACUUGGACGAUCUUUCACGUCGCCCGGAAAGUAGAGCCCGGGAAUAAGGAUCGACGAAUGCGAAUUUAUACAUUCUGAAUUCAACCCUCAACUGCUGCUGGGCCUCACUCACGCUGUGGUACUACAGUCCGCGUAACGAUCGUUCGACACAUGGCACUGCGAUGAGCAAGAUGCAGAGACAAAGCCGGCGCAGCUCGGAGGUGGCGGUUGCGCUUAUGCGCCCUGUAAGCACAGCUGGCUAAUAGCCUCGGAGCCCGUCCCCGACACCCCGCAGCCACAUCAGAUUAGCAGUCGGCGUGACAUGGAUGUGAGCUUCACGAACGUGUUAGAGGGGGCUCGUCAGUACUUCCAGGGACUGCCCGUACCGAGCACAGGUGCGGCCGCGUCGGUGGAACACAAUCUCCACGCGACAUCCUCCACGAGUUCCGCCUCCACGACGACGCACGAUCAUGGCGCUCUGUCGCAGCCGACUCAAUCAACCCAGUCGAUCUCGACUUCCGCCAGCAGCAACAGCAAUAGCAGCAGCAGCAGCAAUAGUAACGGUAGCAGCAGUAACAGUAACAGUAACAGUGUCCAGGAGUCGAAUCGUUACCCUACUGACGUCAGACCGACGUCGUCGGUGGAGAGCAGCAACGCGGCUUCCGGUUCUAGCUUCUGGAACCCACACGUGGAACCUUAUCCACCGCAGCCGACCAGGGUCGAAGUCCCGGACACGAGGCCAGGCGACGAAAGCGCCGCCAUGGAACCCAGUUCCUCCUCCUCUUCGAACACCAUCACUUUAACCGAGAUGCAACCCUCUAAUCAUCAGUCCUCCUCCUCCUCCAAUGCUGUCGUCGCCGCGUCGUCAAAUUUCUCGGAAAGACCGCCACCGUCGUCCUCAGUCUCAUUGUCCUCGUCCGCUACCUCCUCCAAUGAUCACAACCAUCAUCACCAGCCACCACCAUCGCACCACCCCCCAAACUCGUCGCACCUGCAUCAGAUGCAACCGCCUCAGUCGCCACAUUCCCCCGCGCCGGUGUACCAGCAGCUCAACAACGUCAGUAGGGCGUCGUUCAGCGCGGCAGAGAUGCUCGCCUCCUCGACGCACUCUACGGCGACCUAUCAGACCGCCAACAAUAACGAUCGGCAGGCGCAACCGAUCGUUGCGCAGCGGACUCAGUAUUAUCCACGUUACCACCAUCCAGACAUCACCAAGUGCGCGCCGGCCCCGUAUUCGCAGGCAUCCAUUUACCAGUCUGCCAAUGUGGCGCAGCCGUCGAGCACAGUUCAGCAGCCGAGCACGAGACCGACGCCGAUCGAGCAGAACGCAACGUCAUCCAGCGUUCAAGGACACUGUCCGCCGGAACAGCAACGAGUACCUGCUAGUUAUGGCAGCAACCUGCCGCCCGCACAGAGUCCUCUCGGUGGAUCCAUAGUAUACGGAUCCGGUUCCUCAUCAUCCCAGAGUUACCGUUCCGCUGGCCAACAUCAACAGCAAACUCACCGUUUAGCGAUCGCUCCGGCUUCGUGCAUCAGCGACAGAUCACAUAACUCGGAGGGGCCGCACUCUUCCACCUCCUCUUCGCCGCCGACGGUCAACCCACGCCAGCUCGGUGCAGGCAACACCUCCAAUCACAUUCCUCCGCAGUCGCAGAAUCUUCCGGGGCACAUUCCUUCGCCGCAUCUGGCGUCCGCUUCAUCAGUGCAUCAGCAGCAACAUCAGCAAUCAUCUUUACAGCAGCAACAGCAUCCUAGUCGUAUAAAUGCCUCGCCACACUCGCACGGUUCCUCGUACGGAGGUCGCGUGUUACCGCCGCUGCCACCGCAUGGCGUUCCGUCAUCGUCGUCAUCAUCGUCAUCCUCCACUGUCGCGACGAAUCACUCGCAGCAGCAAAUGCCACCACCUCCGAGCGGCUACCACGUGGCAUCGACGCCGUCUCCGCAUCAUGAGCCGCAUCACGCCACCCCGUCGCCGCAACGACAGUCGCCCCACGUGACCAGCUUGCACCAUCCUCACGCAUCUCCGUCUCCUCAUCAUCAUACACCGUCGCCGCACAACAGCUUCCAGCCACACUCGCCGACCUACCCGCCACCGCCACCGCCACCGCCGCCUUCGUCUUCAAGGUCGACACCGCAUUCGUAUCUGCCGCCGGCCACCUCCCAACACUAUCAGCCGACGGCGACCGGUUACACGGCGGGGAACCCUUACGCACCGCCGCCACAGUCUUCGUACCAUUCCUUCCAAAAAAGCCCGCAAGCAAACUCUCAGGGGAGUAGUUACUAUUCUCAGCCGGGUCGGUCUCACAACCAGUCGUACGGCAUGCAACAGAUGCUGGUGCCGCCGCAGACGGUAUUCCCCGGCACGCCCAGCAGCAAUAGUCUGAGUAGCUAUCAGCAGAGCGGUGGUAAACAUGCAACGUACAAUGGCGCUGACUCUGCAAAGAGGAGCACGAUGGACACCACGCCGACGGCGGCAGCGGCGGCACCCUAUGGCACGCAUCGCUCGUCCGUGCAAAGAAGCGGUAACACGCACAACCUGCCGCCCAUCGUGACUACCCUCUCGUCCUACCAUUCCAACCGGCGGGAGCCCUUGGGCAAAUCGGCGCAGUCGAUGAUGCAACGGCAGCGAAUGCACUCGACGAGCGUGACCGGCAAGGCACCGCCUGUCGCGAUACCGCCGGCGCCAUCGUCAAUGACCAUGUCCGCGCAGAGGCUCACCGAAUAUUCGAUGACUCCGGCCUCGGCCAUGAAUCACGCGAUACCGGUGAAUGGUAGAACGACAACCGUGACGAAUAUGACGUACGGUACGCGGUACUGUAGCCAACCGGGCUACCCGCCGUCUUCAUACGCCACCACGAUAGCGCCCAGUCAUCACAGUAGCAAUUCCACCAGCAGCACCACGGUGACUUCUAUCGGUAGCGGUAUCGGCGGCGCGAGGUCUUCCGUUUCAACGAUUCACGCGUACCAGUCUUCCGACGAGCCGGAUCGGGCAACAGGAUCGUCCUCUUAUCACCAUCAUCAUCACCAUCAUCAGUUGCCGGUGCGAAUGACGACCGAAACUUACGCGUACAAGGAGUACCCUUCUUACUCGAACUCUGGCGUCGGUCAAGCUGCCCCGGUCGCCUCUAUGGUGACUUCUCCGUCCCCGAACAGCGCGGUUCGAAAGAGAGAGUCACCUUUGGACCUAUCCGUGAAGACCGUCAAAACCUCUGCGGAUUCUACGGCGCAGGACGACAUCGAGGCCACCAGCACAGACAAGUACGUGAGUAGCUCGAAUGUGGGAAGUUCCAGGAGCAACGUGAGUAGACCGAUGCCGCCGCCAUCCGUGCACCAGCCGGCAUCGACUCAACCGUCGUACCCGUCGUCGUACGAUCCCAGACCAUCGAGUAACUCGAGGAGUAAUUCCAUACCCGUAUCGUGCAUCCGGACGUCAACGCCGCAGACUGUCUGCGCGCCCAAGGUUGAUUUCUUACCAGAUUUUAAUUCGGCGCCGCUGCGUCACCAGCCACACCACACGGAGAAUCCUCUGCGUAGAAGCACCACACAGCAGCUGUACGUUCCACCCGCUCAACCUCUCUCGUCCCAUCACACGAACAAUACCGCCCCACUGCCUCACAUGUCCACGUUCAAGAAGCGUCCACUGCCCACGUCGCCGUACGACGGUCUCACGAUACCACCGCCGCCUUCGUCGUCAUCAUCGACCUCGUCGUCGUCGACCGCAUCCUCGUCGUACCUUCAGACGAACGAUUCCGUGUCCUCGAGGUUCUCCAAGUAUCCUCCGAUGGUGGACCCGUCGUCGCGGCUAGGUUCACACGCACUGCCCACGCAGGACUAUCCGCCCGACCCGAGCAAGUAUUAUCUAACGGACAGCAGAGGCAAGUUUGAUCAGCAGUUUUCCCAGCGUGAACGAAUGCCAUUCAAGAGGUCUGGAGACGCGAUCUACGGUGUAGGAAGUCCCAAUAAACAACCUAGGCUGGCUUGGCGAGUGCCGAACGCUGACAAGCAAAUCAUCGAGCCGAAACUGGCUGCAUCGAGCGUGUUGAGCGAGCAACAGAAACGGCAGGACGCGAGUCUAUCGGUUCCCUUGCCAAACGGACUCGUGACAUCGGGUGCGUACGAACAGAGGCCUGAUAGUGGUGGUUGUUCCACGUCGGAACUGUCCAGGUAUCAACCGGCUUACUGUGAUAAGAGGAUCUAUCCAGAGUCCAAAGUGGUGCGUAAUUCACCGUCGUCGUACAGCCAUCCGGUUAUCACGAAACCUACGAACGUACAUCCGUUGCCGCAACAGUUGAGCGGCGCCCAACUGACCUAUUCGAAUUACCGCCAACCAGUUCAAAAGACAAUGUGUCCUCCCGUCGGAACGGUCGGUGGUCAGCCAAUAGAUCAACCUAGCAAUACCGGUGCCGACAAAAGAGUGCUCAGCUUGCUGAGAAAUAGUCUGGAGAACAAGCAGCAAAGGGACGAGCAGCUCAACAGUCAGCAGCCUAUCUUGGUCAAUCAUAGUCAACAGAGCUUCCAAAAUAAGGUUGUCGCACCAGUCGAGCCCAAAACAAAUAUUGGCAGGCACAAUCUGUCGCCGUUUACGGCAGCCAGCCUACUGGAGCGUAACAGCAAUACGCCGCCACAUUACAAGCUACAUGUACCACGAGCGGUCGACUCGAUCACUCAGGAGGCACCGCGCAGCAUGUAUGCCUCGAGAGUGAACGCAUCCGCCACUUUACCCGGCAAGGAGGCCUCUCUCGCGGGACCUCGCGGUGCCGAGAAUCAGAUUCAUCGAGAUAAAGAUGACGGCUUAGCUGCCAUCCUAGCUGCGAAAAUCAGGACGAAGGCAGAACUCAAGCAAGUCGGGACUGGCCAGUUUACAACGAAAGCACUUUCCGUACCUUUGCAGGAUUUAUCGUCGACACCGAAAGAGAUCGAUAGUGCAGCUUCGACGUCGACGCCGCAUUCCGGAUCGUCUGCAGGCAGCCCACCGAAACUAAAACGCGAAAAGGUUGUCUGCUUGCCACCCAGAAGACGUUUGUUCUCGAGAACUGAUGAAGACAACAUACCCGCAUACGUAGCCGCAACCGUGCCUAUUGCUGCCGCAGUCGCGUCCACGGUACCAGCCAGGGCCAGCGGAUGCAGAAGCUCUUCUGAAACGUCAGUCUUCGACUUCCGGGAGAGCGACUCUGAGGGCGAGAUGCCGGUUCUCGAGCGGCAAACUUUGGAGGAGAUGAGGAGGGACAGAAAGCAGUUGUCCAAAGUGCAACCUCCGAUUCCGCUCAACGAUGCCGUGUGUAUGAACAUGGCAUCCUCCACGGAUCUCGUAAAGAUAGAACUAAAGGAAAAUGAAAAGAUCAACGACAUGGAUCCAUUCUGGAAUGUAACUUGUGAUAAGUUUAUGGAACAGUUGCGCACGGGCGAUGCCGCGAAGAAACGGGGGCGCAGAAAGAAGGUGGCAGGUACCACCGCAACAUCGAAGCUCGAAAAUGCGGUCAAUGACAGCGACAAAGAGUCAGACACCAAUGUCUCACAUUCUCAAGUUAAGAUUGAGGAUAUUAAGAAAGAGUUGCCGGAAACGAGUAACGAAGACAAGAGCGAGCUCUUUAAGAACAUCAAAAUCAAGACGGAACCGGGGCAAGAGAAAGACGAGGACCUACAAUCGAGCGAUUCGGACGAGCCGUUAAUCAAGAGAACGAAAGAGAAGCCGAAGAUGAAGAAGCAGGACAGCGAUUGUGACGAGGAAGUGAUAUGUCGAAGAAGGCGGAUUCGUCGCGGCAGCAGGAUCAAGCUUGAAUCGUCCAGCGGCAGCGAGUCUUCAAGCGAGGAUAGUGACACUAGCACCGAGUUUGGCGGUUCCUCCGUGGCUGACAGGCUUCGCGCCAGAAAGCGUUCCACGGCUAAUGCAUCUGAGAACGAAGGCAUGAAGCUUCGUUCGAGAGACACGACUCCCCACAAAGCAAAGACGGAGAAGGAGACGAAAUUGUCGCCAUCCAAAGGUGGAACUUCUCAAAAAGCAAAACCGAAACCAUUGUUUGGUGAUGGCAGUGAUUUUAGGCCUGGUUGGGAAGAGGAAGUGUACGUGUACAAGAAAUCUUUGAGAAUGCCACCUAGACUGAUAACAGUAUCGAAACCCUCGCGCUUCCACCGGCUGUCCACCUCAUUGCCGGACCUGGACCCCGGCUCGCCAGCGUUGUCCGUCUCGAUGGACAGUUCCGACGUGUGUCUGAGUCGCAACAAGAGACUGAUAGAUAGCGAUAUGGAGUCCAACUACAGUUUCACCAUCACGGGGCUGGGAAGCAAAAUCGACGACGAGGAGGCGACUUCAUCGACAACGGUUUCUUGUCCUCCGAAAGCUAUGAUGAAACAUUCUCGCUCGGAAAACAAUUCCAUUGUCGAUGUUCUCGCGCAAAAGGUCGGGGGUGGUGGCGGUCAGAAGGAUACGAAGAAGAAGCAGAACUCGAAGGGCAGCAAGAUCCUCAGUAAAAGUAGCAAUGAACCGGAACUCCUGCCAACACCGGGUCUCACGCCGCUUCUGUCCGAGACGUCGAAAAGCUCCAAGAACAAAAGCCCGAUAAAGAAUAAUCGAUGUCCGAUUAAAGUUACCGAUUCCGUCCUCGGUUAUUUCCGUAAGGAGACGGUCAACAACUUCCGCGAGGCGUUCAAGAACAACCACACGCUGCCCAAUGAGUUCUCCACUCUGGUGCUGAAGAGCAGAACGAGAACGGAAACGAAGGUACUGAAGAAGGAAGCGACUAUCCGCGAGGUGUUUGGCGAGGAUAGGCCCGCAUCGGCACCACCGAUGCAGAAUCACGAUGACACGUCUCAGGACGAUGAUUCGCAGAAUGAGACGCCGGAGAACGCACUGGGCAAAGUACGAACGUUGAAGCAGAGAGUAGUGUCCCGUUUGAGGAACGCCGGCAUACUGCGAAGCCACAAGGCGCUCGUCAACUCGAAGCGUCGCUUGUUAAGUGCCGAGAGACGAAAGGAUUUGCUCAAGUCGCUCGCGGACAAGAAUCGCAUCAAGACUGAGAUGGAGCAGGAGGAGGCAAAUGACGCCAGGGAGGAAGAGAAUAAUGAAAUGGAGGACGACAAGAACGAUCUGGAGAUCCGCAACAAGAAAAAGCUGAAGCUUCGGCCGGGCCGACGGAAAUUCCGUUCUGGAUUCGAUUACAUCCGCAAGAAGAAGAAGCCGCUGAAGAAAGACGAGGUGUUACCGAAGGACAGGAAGAGGCAAAACCAAGCCAAUAAACCAAGUCCGGAGUGCGUAGGCGAUAUUCAAUCCGAAAUAAGAACAUGGGUUAUCAAGAAGGGCAUCGGCGAGACCACAUUACACCGCGCUGCUCGGCUUGGUUACACGGACGUGACUGCUUACUGUCUGGAGAAGCUAAACAGCGCGCCGUGUCCCAAAGAUAAUGCAGGAUACACGCCGCUCCAUGAGGCAUGCUCCAAGGGUCACCUGGAAAUUGCGAAACUCUUGUUGUCUUAUGGCGCGAACGUCAGCGAAAGUGCCAAUGGUGGCAUUAGGCCGCUUCAUGAGGCAGCUGAGAAUGGCGCUACAGAACUGGUACGCUUGCUGCUGUCUUACGGAGCCGAUCCAUUGUUGGCUACUUAUUCUGGACAAACACCGCUGAUGCUGGCGGUCGACACCGAGGCCAACUCCAUUCUCGAACAGCAUCUGGAUGAUAUUCAAGGUCGCACUACCGUGCCAUGGUCAUUCGCUGGUCCAGCUUCCGUUUUUGAUCCAGAGGAAACCGGCUACAAUCCGCUCGAUGACGUUCCGUUGGACAGCCCUGAGUCGAUUCAGCUAGACGACGUCGAGAUGGAAGUGAGCGACAUCAAUCUACCUGUCCUCUUCACUCUAAACAACGACCCCGACAAGUGGGUGCUGCUUCAAGAUCUCAUGGCGAUUUUGAGGAUAAAGAGCCGCGACGCCUUGCUUCGCCAGAUUAACCCGAAGGCCCAGUCGGGGCCGCCCGCAGUCGCGCAUCGCGACGUUAUGCGUGAGCUGAAGCUGCCGGACUUCCUGGAGCAGACGCGAUGCUGCCACUUGUUGAGCGGCGGCGAAAGGAUCAACGUGCGCGGCUCGAAGGUCACGCUCAUCAAGUACAACGAGAAGGUCAAGUCCCUGCUGAACGUAGAGAAGGUGCUGAUCAGUCUUAGGUGACAGGAGGUUUCGCUGGGGCGGUCAUCUCCCCAGUCGUCGAAACCGUCGACCUCGAUUGCGGCUAAGGAGCAUUCCAGGAAAGGCGAAGGCAAGGGCACAGUCGUGAAACGCGAGCGGCAGGGUAGGAAGCGGCAGGAGACGCGUAACAAGAACUCCACGGAUUGAACGAGCGACUUCGAUUUCUGUCAAGCUCUGACUAACAAGAUUCAACGACAAGUCUGUGAGAAUCGCGACACGAAUUCUCAUCGAAGGGACUGGGUUGAUUCGAUAACGCAUUUUCUGCCUGUCAACAUGUCAAGAGAAAAGAGAAUAAGUUCCUGCAGCACGUCGAAGAGAUUCCAAACGUUUGCUAGGAGAAUUCGUCCCUGAAAUCCCCGAUGAAGGAAGGUUGAUCGUACCGAUGUAGUGUAGUGAAGAUCGGUGCUUUACACGCGCGUCCAAAGACUCUCUGGCGUUCCCUGGUCCGUCUUCUUGCGUCUCGAAGGUAAAUGGAAUCCGUUGGCGUUGAUAACUCGAUCUGAACAAUAUCGAACUCAACCGAUUCCACUCUUUCACAUGAUAUAUCUGAUGAUGUAGCCUACGUCACUGAUGAUAUGAUGAUGAUGAUCCUUCGCGCUUAGGAGAAAAAAUCGGUAGCCGGGAAUUCUAACGGGAGCGCGACGCGCAAUGAAAUUUCGAAGCUCGUAAUCGGUGCGAACGUAGUUUUUAAACGAGACGACCUCGUCUGUCUAACGCGCAGCUAAGAGUGGAGACAACGGAAACGACUACCUGUGACAUUAUAUAGCAGUAUUUAAUUGGGAUAUACGUAAUGUACAUGUAUAACCCAUAGAACGAUGAUAUUUUAUUAAUUCUCUUAAGGACUGAUUAAAUAAUCGUAACGCUUUUGUAAGCGAGCAGGAAGGGAGGGAAAAUGUCGUUUGAAUCGAUGACGAUUGGAUAAUGAAUAAGUCCCUUGGACACGACGGUUUCUCCGAGUGUUGCGCGAAUCGGGUCUCGGAAUAAUAAUAAUAAAAAGAAGGUAUAACAUGAAUAGUAAUAAUAAAUUAUCUUAGAAGUGCGGAAGAAAAAAAACGUAGUUGUCGUACCAGAUAUAUUUUUAUCUCGCACGUCGCUCCACGAAGUUUCUCUCUCUCUUUUUUUUUAAGGGAUCUCACUCCGAGAAUCGUGGAAUUGGAACGCGAGUUCGUCGCGUCUCUUGACGUGUUAUGUGUUAACUUUUUCGUUUCGUAGUACGAAAGAGGCGUCGUCGUUACGGCUAAAACAUGAUGGACGAAACAUGUCGGGGACAAUGGAACGUAAUUCAGGAUUGCUACAGAAGAUGAUUAUGUUACCACUUAGUCCUAUUGUUUUCUCUCGUGUCGGAGAGGAGAGUUGUAUGUUAACGUCGUGCGAAGUUGUAUUUAGAAAAUAUAUAUUAAUCGAUGGUCGGGAACGGGUGCUCGAAACAUUUGAGCGAUUUGAGUUUCAACUCACUGAGUCCGGAAUUGGUCUCGUGCGUGAGGAGAGAAAUCGACACCGUCGCGCGUAGAAAAAGAGGUGCAUAUCUGUCGUCUAGAUCUAUUCUCUUCAGUUUCAUUUUCUAUUCUUGUAUCUCUCGCGUCCUUUUUGGUAGAGAUGCAUGCGAGGACGUGUCGAUUUUCAAUUUGCACGAGGACGCUACUCAUUCACGCUCUAGCGAUCAAUCUAUUUUGAGAAAUCGAAUAUACAAAGGUGGACUCAGCGAGUGUCGGUGGCUCAAUUCUCGUAAAUGCGGGAAGUGCAAUUAGCGGGACGUUCUGACGUUUUUUGUUUCGUUGAUCGUCUAGGUGCAUGGAUCAUUAUUUCUAGGAGAUUGUAGGUGGAAAAUUAACCCGAGGGUUCUACGUCGGCCAAACACCGUCGAGCAACGCUCACUGUGCAAUAAUAUACCCAUUUUUUACAUUUUAUCUUCAAGUUGCUUUUGUUGUUUGCGAUGUGCCGGGACAACGUUAACGCGCCGCAGCGGCAAUCGGGUACUCGCUGGAGAACGAUCUCGAUGACGAAGAAGGAACGAUUUCUUGUGGAGCAAGAGGACAUAUAAUUAAUUUAGCAAGAUGACAAUGCAAAGUCGCACGAUAUAGCUCAAAUUAAAGAUAUUUAGUAAUAGAGUCUGAAAAAUUGUUGCCGUGACUAAUCCGAGGUGCGAAAACUAGGCAGCGAGUGUCCCGAUUAGGUCUGCUGACGUCGCGCUCGAUCGAAGCAAUUUAGGGACAUGAAUUUUAGCGGGCGGUGAGGAGCUAUUUUAAACGUUGACAGAGCCAGCUCGAUCGAUUGUACUUAUCUCGUCCCGUGGCACGUCUCCGUGAUACGUCGACUUUUAGAUAGACGGUAACUCUUAGCGUGCAGAUGUCACGGGACGGGCCGCGAGGCAAAGAGGAAGCGGAAGGAAGCUUGCGAGGUGGCUCGAUUCGCAAUGCUUAGGAAGAUACCGCAAUCACGCGUUUAUUUUGGCGCCGUGCAACACAAAGGUUUCAAUCGUUAUAAUCAGUCUCAGGGAAAAAUCCACGUGUAUUCUUGAAAAUAAAUACCUUGGCGAUGUACCGACUACGGGCGAUGAUGCGUAUGCGUAUGCAUGUAUGUUCGUAUGUACGUACGUGCGUGCGUGCGUGCGUGCGUGCGUGCGUGCGGACGGACGGACGGACGAUGCGUACCGGUGCGUGUGUGUACAGUAGCUAGCUCAAAAAGGGAAGCUUUGCUCGUCACGCGAGGGAAGAUUGAUUAAGAAUUAAUUAACGUUCAGUGAUAUUAAUUAAUGUUAAUCGAUUCGUCGCGCGAACGACCCGCGUCCGCUCGGCCGGCUUCUUAUCAUUUUCGUUCAGCUGACGACCGAGUGAAUGGGAAGCGCAGUCACGCUACCGAUUGUACAUACCUUCGUAAAGAAUUGCAAAGGAAAAAGAAAAGAAAAGAAAAGAAAAGAAACGAAACAGGUGCGAAGGAGGUGCGACAGAUAGUUGCGGAAGAGUUACUUUUCUCUCUUGACGGAAAGAAUAGGGAGUGUACGUAUCGUGUACGUAUUGUAUGUAUCUUUUAUUCUUAAGUAGUUGAACGUGUAAAAUGUAACUAGACCGCGGUAUUUGUUCAUAUUGGCGCGUACUAUCUGUGUAUAAUGUAAAGCAUUAAUCUUCAAGUAGUCAUAUCAUAUGACAUUUUAUAUAUAUGUAUGUGUUAUAUAUAAAAUGAAGUAUGUAUAUAUCUCAUAUUUUGUGACUACUACGCAACUAUUAUUACUGCUAAUAUUAUUAUAUAAUCAUCACUACCGCGCGACUAUCGCUCCUACUAUUACUAUUACCGUUAUGAUUACGCUACUCUACUACUAUUAAUUACUACUAUUAUUACUAUUUACGCUUUUUUAUUGUACCAUAUAUACAUAGAUAGUUAAUAAUGGAUGUACAUUUUCUUAACCGUGUAACGUUCACACACACACAGCGCCUCUCCCCUUUCGCCUCCCUUGUAAUUUAUAUAUUCAAGAAACUUCUAAAUGUGUUAACGCUGCUGCUUUAAGAAAAUGCGGUUGAAGAAACAGAAGUUAUAUAAAAAAAUAUAUAUAUACAAAGAUGAACAAAUAUAUAUAAAUAUAAAUAAAGAUAUAUAUAUACAUAUAUAUUUUAUUUCAGAGGUUUAGUUCUCGAAAUAACGUUGACGCUGAUGAACAAAUUAGAGUCUUACUGUGAUUCGUGUAAAAAGGAACUAUCGUUAUUAUUGUCAACGCCGUAGCCGUUAUAAGCGAGUCACUAUCGACCCGAGAGACGAAUGACUUUUUAACGAAGAAAAAAAAUGAUAUUUGUGAUUUUCUUUUCGCUAAUAACAAUAUCGAGUUAUCCGAUCGAUGUAAUAAAAACAAGUAUUUUUACCGAAA